AUGAUUUACUUUGCAAUUUGCUUGGUCUCACCAGUAAAGUCAAUCGGCAUCGCAGCGAUGUACCUCGACGACGACUGCUUCCACUCGAGUAUCUCGUGCCGAUCCGACAACCUCGACCCAAAACUCGUGGUAAAGCUGGCGAAUGUGAAACCUGGUAUGCACAUGGGCGACCCCACGCGGUAUGUACUGCAAUGCUCGCUUGCCAAUACGGAUCAUGAGUGGUCUGUAGAGCGCCGAUUCUCGGAAUUCCGGGAUCUGCUGAAGGCACUUCGCGCAUUCUUCUUGCGUCAUGGAGGCGGUGCUCGCCCACUGUGCUUUGGCUGUACAUGGUUCACUCAAACGUUGCGCAGCUACUGGUUACCAAGACGUCACCUCCUGUGCUCACGGUCGACUAACGUGAUCAACCAGCGUCGCACCGAACUCCAUCAGUUCACACUUAUAUUGGCUUCGCACACCUUUUCCGCAGUACCCAAGUGCAUUUCCUGCGCUAAAACCAUCUUCCCGAUAGUGCGCGACUUCUUCGUUCGAGAUGCCACGCUACCUGCUAAUGUUAGCUUGCAGACAUUGGAGCAGUCUCUCCAAGCCAAGAACUUUUCGCCUGUUUCGGAUCCGAGCAAAAGCCAAAUCGAGUUUCGUAAGGCCCGCUCAGUGUGGAAAGUCUUGCAGAUGGAGAAGCCCGUGUAUUCCAAACUCAGCGAGUACCAGCAACAACAAAUGUGCCGGGAACAACAACGGGUUGCCAUAUCGCCCGUAGCGUCGGAGAAUCGCUCUUAA